AUGGUAGCGGAGCCGUCGGACCUGCCUAAGGCCUUCACUUCCCUCGCCCUGAGCAGCAGUGCGGCGCCCCUUCGAACCGUCCCCAACGAGAACGCGACAGGAGGCGUCGCAGGGCGAGGCGAUUUGGGGCGAGGGAGCGGCGAGGAGACGGGGGUGCCAGUGGAGGUGCUGUCGUCGGUGCUGCAGAUGCUGCCGUCCCUCGACGACCUCGCCACAGCCGCCAGGGUUAAUAGAGCGUGGCGCAUCUCCGCUCUCUCCCCCUCGCAGCUGCGCGCGUGCGCGAUCGACGACGACCGCCCCACCGCGCCCUCCGCGCACAGCCGCGUGCUCGCGCACUCCCGCGCGCCUAUGCCGCCUAAACCGCCUCCCCCCGAGCUCUGGCUCAACCCCGCCGCCUUCUCCCCCUUCCUCCACUUCCGCACGCCGCAAAACCUCCGCCGCACGGGGAACACAAUUCCCGCCAACGCCGCGGGUGAUCCCAGAGAAAGCUCCCUCUCUAGCUGCGCCAGUUGCGAGCCGCUCGGCGGAACGACGCCCGCGACGCCGGAAGCUAAGCUCACCGGCAGGCGGAUGGACGGCGUGGAGUGGCGGGAGGGUUGCGCGCACGGCGGGGGAGGAGGGGCGUGGCCGUCGCCGCGCACGCCGUCGCCGGUGGCGGCGAGGGAGGGCGAGCUGAUGGCGUUCGAGGAGGAGGUCACGCGCGCCGUCAAUCACGGCAGGCGGGUUCUGCGUGCGUGUCCGCGCCUGCAGGCGCUGCGUGUGCAGCACGUGUGCAUGGGCGCAACCUUCAACGGCUCCCCGCCCCCUUUCCACAGCCUCCUCUCCCCCACCUCCCCCUUCCACAUCCCCUUCUCCACCUCCCCGUCCCCCUCCCCGUCCCACUCGUAUGGGUCCCCCCAGCGUGCCUGCUCGCCUUCCCCCACCGCCUCGUCCCCUCUACGCGACUCUCCUCCUUCCGCUGCUUGUCUCUCCUCCUCUCCCGUACCCCCCGCUUCCUCCCCCCUCCCGGGCGCCUCUCUGCCGCCUCCCUCCCCCCAUUCCCCCGCCGUCCACCCUUCCCCUCCACCCUACCCGUGCGGGUGCCUGCCCCUGUCCGCGCGUGGGCUGGCGGGCAUUGGCGCGCUGUGCCCUGCCAUCAAGGCGCUCACUCUUACACUGCAGCACGUGGUGUUCGCAUGCGACCUGCCGGCCAUGAUGGCAUGUGUGGGCGCGCUGCCAUGCCUUCAGAUGCUUGUCAUCGACCUGCACAUGCCUUUCUUUGGGCAGUCGGUGAAGGCGGACACGCUGUGGAGCACGCACUCAUGCUUCACCCACCAGGCCGUGACAGCACUGGCGUUGGCAGGGCCGCCACCGCUCACAGCGCUGUCGCUCAGCCCCUGUGCCCUCACGCCCGCCUCCUUCCUCACCCUCGCCUCCGCCUUUCCCCGCCUCAUGGCACUCGACCUGCAGGGACUGCACAGCGAGCCCAUGCACCUCGCCCACGCCCUACCACUCCAGGCACUGCACCACCUCCACGCACUGGCGCUUGGCCCUGUUGCCAUGCCAGCACCAGGAGAGUGGGAGCUGCCUCUGAGGAGCCUGCAGCGCCUGCGCCUGGAGGUUGAUGGCCUCCCUUCCCAUGAGGCGUUUGCUCAACUUCGUGGUAUUUGCCCAAAGCUGAAGAGCCUUCAUUUGUUGUGGGGGCGAGAGCAGAAGCGGGGGGUUACAGAAGCCUAUAUUUGUCCAUUGACUCAGGAGACUAUCAACGCACUGUAUAGUUGUGACUAG